UGGAGAUGUUCUGUAUUCAGUCUGGUGUCAAAAUAAAAAAUACAUUUCAAGUGUACAAUUUAGCAGCACUAGCUUUUGUCAUCUAUGGCGGAGUAAAGUGAGUGCCUUCAGUUGUGAACGCCCGCCCCCUGCCUGCGGCAAAACACUUAUUCAUCAGGAAAUGGUCUACCGCACUGCACUGCAAAACGAAAAAACGGAUUAUUAGAACAUUCGCAAAAGGAACUUAUCUGAAAAAUGGCAGAUCCGUGGCAAGAUUGUAUGGAAAUUGGAAUCAGUGUGGCCAGACAGGCUGGGGAGGUGAUACUUGAAGCUUUAAAAAAUCAAAUAUCUGUGAUGUCAAAAAGUUCCCCUGUAGAUCUGGUAACAGAGACUGAUCAGAAGGUGGAGUCAAUGAUUAUAUCUUCAAUCAGAGAGAAAUUUCCAACUCACAGUUUUAUUGGAGAAGAGUCCGUGGCAGCUGGAGCAGCUAGCAUACUGACAGACAACCCCACUUGGAUAAUCGACCCGAUUGAUGGGACCACCAACUUUGUGCACAGGUUCCCAUUUGUGGCAGUUUCUAUAGGAUUUGCUGUCAACAAACAAAUCGAGUUUGGAAUCAUUUACAGUUGUGUUGAGGAUAAAAUGUAUACAGGAAAAAAAGGGAAAGGAGCAUUUUGUAAUGGAGAGCAACUAAAGGUAUCAGGACAGGAAGAUAUAACCAAAUCUCUUAUACUAACUGAAGUGGGAUACAAGAAAAAUCCAGACAUUGCGAAAACAAUGUUUUCCAACAUGGAAAGACUUGUGUGUAUUCCAGUUCAUGGUUUGUCCGGGCCAGACACAAUUGUUGGAACGGCUGCAGUUAAUAUGUGUUUGGUAGCUACUGGUGGAGCUGAUGCCUAUUACCAUAUUGGAAUCCACUGUUGGGAUAUGGCAGCAGGAGCUGUUAUUGUUGCUGAAGCAGGUGGUGUUGUAAUGGACACUAAUGGAGGACCAUUUGAUUUGAUGUCCCGAAGGCUGAUAACAGCUAGCAGCAAAGCCGUUGGAGAAAGAAUAGCUAAAGAGAUUCAGGCUUUUCCAUGUGGACGGGAUGAUGGGAAGGAUUGAGAUAAUAUAUUUUUAUUUGUAUUAAAUAAUAUUGCACUUAUUACAUUUAAUGAACGUAAACUCUGCGAUUGAACUUUAAUAUACCCGUAUUUGGUUAUGA